AUGGCACCCUCCAUGAGGAUAAAGGCUCCAAAAUUGCCUGACAACCUCCUGAAGGAGCUCGGCGUAGAAGGGUUCUCCGACGAAAUCCUAACUCUUGCAGAACAAUCUCACGGAGGUCGCAAGAAUCAAUUCCAAUCUAGAAAGGAUCGACGUAAAGCAGAGAGAACACAGAAAAGGAUCCACCGCACCUCGUCUACAAGAAGUUACCAUACCGAGCGCGCUACAGCCCCAAAAUCACAGAAGAAGGUCGAUGCCGCAUCGACAAAGGAAGCAAAGGAACCCAAGCCCAUCUUGAAGAACGGGAAGAAACGACCAUUGGAGGAUGAGGAUGAAGAUGUUGCCCUCGAAGAGAACGAUAAUGAGGGUUUCGAUGACGAGGGCGACAUCGAUCUUGACGAGGACGAGGACGACGAGCUAGACCUCGACGAAGAAGACGACAAAGACGGCGAAGACGUGGACGACGAAGAGGAAAGUGAUAUCCCAGCACAAAUCAUAUCGAAGUCGCAGCCAAAAAUUUCAAAAACUGUCAUGGAACGAUUGGCGCAAGACGACAAGGAGAUCGCCGACCUCGAAAAGAAGCUCGGCAUCAAGGGACGCAAAUCGCUUCCCAAGUCCUUCCAGGAGGAUGGUCUUCUUGAUCUACUAGAAGGCCUCCCUGGCGUAGACGACGAAACAGCCGAGAAAAGGAAGCGGAAGUCUGAAGCGGAUGAGUGGCUUGCGGCGAAAAGGAGGAAAGCGGAAGAGGCGAAGAAGACGAAGGAUUUCGAACUAGACGAGGAAGAAAAUGAAGUCUCCGAACUGGACGAGGAGGACGAUGGCUUGGACGAUCUCUUAGAGGGAUUGAACUCUGACGAAGACAACGACGUUGACCAAGACGAAGACAUGGUCGAAGGCGAUUCCGAUGAAGAUGGAGAAGAAGACAGCAUCUCGGGCGAGGAUAAGGGUGAGUUUGGAGGAUUUGACGAGGACGACGACGAGGACGAAUCCGACAACGACGAAGAAACGCUACAAAAGCCGCCAGAACGAGUCCGCGAAAACCCAUAUGUUGCGCCCACAACUGGGCGGACUGUAGUAAAAUACGUGCCACCAUCGAAGCGACAGGAGGCGGGCUCAGAAGCGGAGUUGGUGGCCCGCAUUCGCCGUCAAACACAAGGUCUCAUCAACAGGAUGACAGAGUCUAAUCUUUUAUCCAUCAUUAUGGACUUUGAAAGGCUUUACCGCGACAACCCGCGACAACAUCUUACGUCGAACAUUGUCGAUCUCCUACUCAUUCAGGUGUGCGAGCCAACGACGCUGCCUGAUACGUUGCUCGUGCUUACCGCGGGUUUCGCUACCGGUAUCUUCAAGGUGAUUGGUAUGGACUUUGGCGCACAAUUAAUCCAAGAAGUGAUCGAGCGAUUUGAUAGGCAUUAUGAAGAGGCCAAAGAGGCUGCAAAGGAGCGGCCAGACGUACCGAAACAGACAUCCAACCUCAUCACUUUCCUAUCCGAACUCUAUAACUUUCAACUCGUGGGCCCUAACUUGCUCUUCGAUUUCAUUCGAAUCCUUUUGGGUGAUCUGUCGGAGCUGAACGCGGAACUUUUGCUCAGGAUUGUGCGCAUCGCUGGCCCAGCCCUCCGACAAGAUGACCCCAUGUCUGUCAAGGACAUUGUUACCCUUAUCCGCCCGGCUGUUGCCAAGAUCGGAGAGAAGAACCUCAGCGUCAGAACUAAAUUCAUGAUUGAGACCAUCAACGACCUGAAAAACAACAAGAUGAAGACGGGUCUAGGCGCUUCCGCCGUUCUCACGGAGCACACAACCAAGAUGAAGAAGCUUUUGGGCACCUUGAAAACCAUCAAGACGGCCGAGCCUUUGCGAAUGACCCUUGCCGAUAUACGCGAUGCGGACAAGAAGGGCAAAUGGUGGCUUGUAGGCGCUAGCUGGGCAGGCAAAGAUAAGGACAGUGACAAGAAGCCAUUGACUCAGGACGGUGUCAUACAGGAUAGCGUUGACUCGGACGACGAAAGCUUUGUCUUGGAGGAUGUCGAGGACAUGCCUGACCUCGGAGAACUUGCCAGAGAGAACCAGAUGAACACGGACGUGCGCCGGUCCAUCUUUGUGUCGAUAAUGUCCGCCACGGACUACGAGGAUGCCUACUACCGCAUCCUCAAAUUGCGCCUGAACAAGGAGCGACAGAGAGAGAUUCCAUACGUGAUCAUCCAGUGUGCCGGCGCAGAGCAGGUCUACAACCCAUACUACACCUUGGUGGCCAAGAAGCUUUGCGGGGAUCGCAAAAUCCGGUGGUCGUUCCAAGACGCGCUCUGGAAGCUAUUCAGGCGUCUCGGAGAGUCAGUUUUUGGCGAUGACGCGGAGGAUGAGGAGGAUGUAGAUGCGAUGGACAUGCGGCGGCUUGUCAACAUUGCAAAACUGUUCGGGGCCAUGGUGGCAGGUGGAUCGCUAGGGUUGGCAAUUCUGAAAUGCCUCAAUUUGCCUUAUCUACAAACCAAGACACGGGCGCUAGUGGAGAUCCUGCUGAUUACUGUGCUUCUUGAAGCCGGAAAAGGCGGCGACAAGGAUCGGGAUGAGACGAUUACUUCGGUGUUUGUGGCUGUGGAAGGGGUCCCCGAGCUUGCCAGAGGCCUGCAAUGGUUCAUCAAGAAGGUGGUCCGGAAGUCGGAUCUCGCGGGAGGAGCGGCCAACACCAAGCUCGUCAAGGAGGGUUGCAAGACAGCCAUGGCGGCCUUGGAGCAUGCGCUGCUCGCCGCCGAAGGCUUGGUGGAAUAA